CUCUCUCUCUUCACGGAUUUCUCGGCUCUUUCGGCGCAACCGUUAGGGUUAGGGUAGACAGGGUAUAGAGAUAGGGAUAUAGGGUUUCCACAAUCAUCACAAUCGUUGAAUCUGUAUUGGUUGGUUUAACGACGAAGCCAGAAUCCCAUCAUCUGCUUCGAUGGUGAAAUCGAAAUUAUUAAAAAAAACAAAUAUUUUCAAUCAUUAUUCUUCUUUUAAGGCCGACAUCGAAGAGGGAUUUUUCUUCUUCACGCAUAAACCCUCUUUCCGAUUCUUCGUUUUCGUCUUCGAUUGUCCGCGAUUUCGUCGUGGAUCGCUUGGAAUUCGGGAGAUUCAGCAAAAUUGGAGGUUAGGUUCGUGUAGAACGAGAUCAAAGGAGAUUGAUUUGGAUCUCUGAAUCGAGACACGAAGAAACAAGAGACCAGAUCUGGGUCCGACUCUGAUCUAAUAUACAGGAAAGGAAGAGAAUUCGAAAAUACAGUUACAUGAAUUGCUCAUCAGCUCCAUCUUUUUACAGAGAAGAGAGACAGAGGAGGAAAACGAUCUAGAUCGAGUUGGCGAGGACGAGAAGCUCGAACAAGAAAAAAAGAAUCGGUGAAUUUAGCUUGAUCGGCAAACAGAGCAGCAUUUGGAAAUUGGAAUGGAUAAUAUCUGAAUCUUCGAAUUUUCAUAGAAGGAUACGGGUUGAUUGAAGUGAUCAGAGAUUGAUUUAGACGAGGAUCAAUUUCUUUGUUGAAAUGAGCGGACACGAGCCGGUGAAGCUCGAUGAUGAGCAGAUUGCGGAGUUGCGGGAGAUAUUCCGGUCAUUUGAUCGGAACAAUGAUGGAAGCUUAACGCAGUUGGAACUUGGAUCACUCCUGAGAUCGCUGGGUCUCAAACCAAGUCAAGAACAGCUCGAAGCUCUAAUCCAGAAAGCCGAUAAGAACAGCAACGGCCUUGUGGAAUUCUCUGAAUUCGUAGCACUCGUAGCACCCGAUCUCCUCCCGGCGAAAUCACCCUACACAGAGGAGCAACUCCGUCAGCUAUUCCGGAUAUUCGAUCGUGAUGGCAACGGUUACAUCACAGCAGCAGAAUUGGCUCACUCCAUGGCUAAGCUUGGGCAUGCUCUUACUGCAAAGGAGCUCACAGGGAUGAUCAAAGAGGCAGACACAGAUGGGGAUGGUCGUAUUAGUUUCGAGGAAUUCGCUCAGGCUAUCACCUCAGCUGCAUUUGAUAACUCAUGGGCUUGAUUGAUGAAUGAUCUUCGGUUACUGGUGGGUCUUCUUCUCUAUUGUUCGUUUUCUCCUUUUCACACCAAAAUUUCUCCCUUUCUCUAUAAUUGCUACAUUGUAGUGCACAAAUCUUUGUGGGUACUCAAAUUGCCUGGAAUCGGCCAAGGGUCGAUCGGUUUUUCUGUAGAGAAGGGAUUCGAUAAUGGUUGUUUGAGCUCGUCAAUGUCAAUUUUCGAUUGUGUGUAUAUAUAGAGGAAGAUCUUGAUGUGAAUGUGAAUCUGAACUUUCAGCAUUUACAAACUCAA